AUGGUUACGUAUAAGAAGAAAAGGUUUUCGCUAUUCAAUUCUCAUCCAAAUUCCCCAGUUCAAACACCAAUUCUUGGAUCGCCACCCAAACAUUAUUUUCCGACGCAACCAAUUCGGGAUGAUAAAAUACUGAAUCCAAGUGAUGUUCAAAAAGCAGUCGAAAAUCUUGGAAAUUUGAUUUCGAUUACCGGGAAUUUUUGUGAUUUAGUUGACAAACUUGCAAAAGCCUCAAAAGCCCUCAGCAAGUCUCUUAAAGAAUACGGAAAUAGUAAAGAGAUGGAUAGUUCUCAUGUAAUGUGCCUUCAAGCUACGUCUCAAUUUUAUGAAAAUUAUUCCGAAGCUCAAAACAAAUCGAGUAAACAUUUGAGAAAAGAAUUCGAUACAUUACAAAAAUUUUGGGAAAAAUAUUCCAAAAGAGUUACUAAAGAAGAAAAAGCAUAUGAAAAUGCUAAUGAGUUAUAUAAGCAAAUAAAAAAAAUUGAUGCUGAUGAAAAGAAAUCAAAGAAUAAUAAGGCAACUUCUGAUGCAUUAGAACGAGAAAAGAACGCCCAUGGCAUAAUCGUGCAGAUAAUUUGUCGGAUAGCAGAUUGUCAAUUCACCUUGUUUACUGAAUCAUUAAAAAAAUGUGGAGGACUCAUUACAAAGAUAAAUGAAUGGUCGGUAUUUGCUACAAUGGGGAUCCCUGCACCUCAAGAAAUUGAUAAUAUCUUGGAUGAGAUUCAAUCACCAACUGAGGAUACUUCCUUACUUUCACGCAAGUUAUCGAGAAGAUAUUCGCAUCGUAUAUCAAAAUCCAUUGCAUCUAUAUCAGAUAUGCAAUUGGCCGCGAUGAAUUAUAAGUCUUCAGAUUCUUCGUCUCCUUUAAUUGAAGAACCAGAAAAUAAAUUCUCUCAAUCUCUAAGUUUUCUACGAUCAACAGAAAUACAAUUCCCACGUAUUAACGCUACAAAAUCAGAAUGCUCACCUAUUAUAAGUACUCAACAUUAUGAACCAACGAAAAGAAAUAUUGUUAAGAAUGAAAAAAAAUCGAGAAACCGUUUAUCUCUUCCAAUUUGUCCUACAUUUUCUUCAAACAGUACGCCUACAGCUCAAGAUUUAAUAUCAAAGAUUUCCAUUGGUAUAGAUGAAAAUGAUGCGCCAUUCUUUAGGGAUGAUGAUGACUACGAUAUAUUUAAUAUUCAUCAAAGUGCAAAAAGAUUAUCGGUAACAGAAAGUGAAACUAAAGGACUGGAUGAUCAAGUAAAUGAGAUGUCUUCUAUAGAUAAUCAUACAAAUUUAAACAUUGAUACAGAAAUUGAUAUUAAAAUUGUUUCCGGUGUUCAAAGUAACGAUGCGUCUGACUAUGAAGAAAAUGAAAACUCAAAUAAUAAAGAAAUUAACAGAAAAUCUAGUUUUGAAACUCAAUAUUUAGUUCGUUCAUUUCCGAUUAAUCUUCCUGUUCGCACACCACCUUAUUCUCCCUCAGUAUCCCCAAGACAAGCAUCAAACUCUAAUUGCAUUAUUCCUAACUUUGAGCAGCAGAAACUUAUUACAAAAUCAAAUUAUGAAUUGGGUCCAAAAAAAGGGAUACAUGUACUCCACCCUUCCGACGGAAACAUCAAUCAUAAUCGUGGUCCAUCUGCAUCAAAUUCGGUGCAUAAUAUUUCACCACUAAAACAAGGUCAUGUUAAUAAUCUACUUUCAAGAUUUGAUGCUGGAAGGUCUUCUAAGCAAGAAGAUAUUGUCAAUAAUUCUAUCCAUGUUAAUGAACCCACUAAAGAAAUAUGUUCUACGGAUCGAUUUGAACAUUCAAAUCAAAAUCUAACACCAAAACAACAACAAACAGCGACUCCGAUUAACCUUUCUAAUGAUUUAUCCAGCAUGAAUGAAUCAAAUAAAAUAGGUAUAAUUAAUAGCUUAUAUUCUACUUUUGGGACUGCUUUUGGAAAAAAGAAAAGUUUUCUUCAGUAA